ACAUACGACACCUUCCACAAAAUCUCGCCUUUUUUCUCUUUGGAACAGAUCGAUACUGACUUUGAAAAAACGCAUUCUUUUCCGCAGUGGCCUCAUCACUGUAUUCGCAGAGCACAAUGACUUCCAACGGCAUACCAAACGGUGCCACGCAAGAUGACUCGCGGGCCGUCUUCUUUUUCGACAUAGACAAUUGCCUCUAUCCAAAAUCCUAUAAGAUUCACGAACACAUGUCAGUGCUCAUCGAUAGCUAUUUCCAAACGCACUUGAGUCUAUCUCCGGAAGACGCCACCAUGCUGCAUCAACGAUACUACAAAGACUACGGCCUAGCCAUCGAGGGUCUUGUACGCCACCACAAAGUAGACCCUCUCGAGUACAACGCGAAAGUCGACGACGCUCUCCCUCUAGACGACAUCAUCAAGCUCGAUCCACAUCUCCGAAAACUCCUACAAGACAUCGACCGUACCAAGGUGAAGCCCUGGCUCUUCACAAACGCAUAUAUUAAUCACGGGAAGAAAGUCGUCAGGCUUCUCGGCAUCGAAGAUCAAUUCGAAGGCAUCACAUACUGCGACUACGGAGCGGAGAAGUUGCUCUGUAAACCGGAUCCCGCCAUGUUCGACAAGGCUAUGCGGGAAGCAGGCGUGAGAGAUCCAACCAAGUGUUACUAUGUCGACGACUCAGCAAUCAACUGUGUGGGCGGAAAGAAAUACGGACUGAAGACAGUGCAUCUAGUAGAAGAGGGCACGAAAUCGCCUCCGGAGCCGGCUUGCGAUCAUCAAAUUAAGAACUUGGAGGAACUGAGGGGCUUGUUUCCGGAAGUUUUCAACCCAAGCUCAUGAUUACAGCGAUCAGCAAAUGGAAGAAAUGUGUGUUACGAUAUCACAAAGCAACGAAGGAUGUACACGACGUGGUCGUGGAAUUUGAGAAUGGGCGAAAAAUGUGACUCACGACGAGACGGGCGUGCUCUGGCAACAUCAACGCUAGCAGUCACACGGCCAGCGCCCCCCAGGCGCGGAGAUGCGCAGCAAUGCAGCAAACCAGCCUCGCUCGUCGUGAGUCGCAGGUAUCCACCGUUGUUGCUUGGAGUUU